AUGACGGGCUCCAGUCACAGAGAUCGAGUCCGGCUUAUCAGGAACUUCGGCUUGUCAGAAGUUUAUACCUCCCAAAAUCCUGCCGUCGAUGUUGUAUUAGUCCAUGGACUAAACGGGUCGCCAUACGAGACAUGGGCAACGAAAAAAUCAGACGUCUUCUGGCCUGCAGACCUCCUCCCUCGAACACUUGCAAAAGAAGAGCUCCGCAUCUUGACAUUCGGCUAUGACGCUAAUGUAUCUUCCUUUACGGGUGGCGUAUCUCGAGAUAGAAUGCACAACUUUGCCGAGCACCUGGCCGCCCAUCUGUUUGCUAAUAGGCAUUUGAAUGGGGCUGUUGAACGACCCAUUAUCUUUAUAUGUCAUUCCCUCGGUGGCCUGAUAGUCAAAAAGUGUCUCUCCUAUUGCUCGCGGGUAAGGCACGAAUAUACUCAGCAUCUACGAUCCAUAUAUGUAUCAACGUUCGGCAUUUUAUUUUUGGGAACCCCGCAUGAAGGCUCGGACGUUGCAAAGUUCGGCAGCCUGCUCCAGUCAAUAUGCAGCGCCGUGUUGCCCAAGAAAAUAUUUGAUUCCUCUCCUCAGCUACUCAACAGCCUCAAAACAGACAAUGAAAACCUGCAAGUUAUAAAUCGCGAUUUCGUCCAAAUUAUGGAUAGGUUUCGCGUCUACUUCUUCCACGAAUCGAAGCCUAUGGACCUAAAAGCAACUCGUGUUUUUAUCGUGGAUGAAGCUUCUGCAGCUCCGCUCAUAGACGGCGUGGAACGCAUGGGAAUUGAAGCGGACCAUGGCGCCAUGUGCCGAUUUGAAGAUGAGAACUCGCCCGGCUACGAGGCUGUUGCUGAGGCCAUUUAUCGCUAUGCGACGGAAGCCCCGAAAACUAUUCCUUCACGAUGGGCGCAAGAACACAGGCAACGAGCCUUUGAAAAGCAGGAUGAGGCGAGGAGGCUCUACGCCAAUUCCGUAACCACUCUUUUCCCGCCCCCUUCGGAAGCAGGGGAGAUUCCCCGGUCUCAGGACCCGGAGAAGGAUCAAUUUAUCAAAGUGGUGCCUCCUGGUUUCCAUCCAAAUUCUCACUUUUUUGGAAUGGAAAAGGAGCUAAACCAGCUGCACAACCGCCUUUACAAAGCAAAAAAGAGAGUAAUUGGUACCGCCGCUGUACUCUUAUAUGCAGGUCCCGGAGCUGGAAAGUCACAUCUCGCACGGCAAUACAUGUACACCUAUCAAUCCUUAUACUCAGGCGGCAUUUUUUGGAUUGACUGCAGAACAAAAGAAUCAUGCUACAAUGGUAUCUGGCAAAUUGCACAAAUAGCAGACGGGCUAGCAGGAGAAAAGGAAAGCCAGGAUCCCAACUGGAGGAGCACAGGGAUCUACGUGGAGAGUGCUCGAAAGUGGCUGGAGUCAAGGCAAAACUGGCUUCUUAUCUUUGACGGUAUCUCCUUCGAAAGCAGCAGCGACAUCGAUGAGUUCAAACGCAUUCUUCCGUUCACACAAGAGACUGCCAUCAUUUACACCUCUAUUGAUCGUGCGUUGAGUAAGAAGCAAAGGCUCCUGGAGCCAUACGGGCUUGAAGUGAAACCACUUGGCAUCCUCGACGCAUGCAAACUUCUAUACAAAGAUCUGGGCAUCAAACACCCGUCGUCUACUCAAGAAAAGAAGGCUAUUGAGGUCGUGUCACAUUAUCAAUGUUUACCUCUCGCGAUACGCGCGAUUGGCCAUCGUUUGAGGGCUACUGGAAAGGCUUUGGAAAAAUACAGCUGUGGCUCAAGUCACCCGGAUGCAAAACUGGCUGGACCAUUCCGGGAUAUAAUGAAAGAUUUGGACCUACACCAGCAUCUCGAGGCCCUCAACUUGAUCAAGAUACUUUCAUUUUUUGGGCAUAAUGUUCCCGUGGGGAUGCUAGUGUUUGGCAGAAAAGGCCUCAAUGCCUACAGCGUCGAGAUCCGAACCAUCGACCGAGGAGGGAGCAACCAACGGCACAUCGAUAAUACCUUUGCAACCCUAAUGAGGUACGGGCUAAUUGAGAGGACACUAUAUGUGUAUCCAUUAAGCGACAUGGGCGACUCCGGCACCAUAGGGCAAUCCCAGAAGUCUUCCGAUCCUGAUGAUUCCGUUGCGAGUGAUACUGAUAAUUUUUCCACGGGAUCCAGGAACACCAUAGAAAUCUGCAAAGUUCAUACCGUUGUCCAAGAAGUCUUUCGCGGUGAGCUACAAGAUCAUAGCUUGCAACAUUACUAUUGGUGGCUCGGCGUCGCAGCCUCUCUGUUUUGUUAUUCCUACGACUAUGCUAGAGUCCAGAUGCGUGCAACCAGGGGUUCAGGUUCUGCGAGAGAUUAUCGAGAGUACUUGACUCAUGCAAAGCAGCUGCUGAGCUAUUUUCCGGCUAAACCCUCGAAGAUUGCCAUAAGCUUUCAAAAUUUGCACGAGACCUUGCAAAAGUUGACGUCGGAUAUUGAGAAUGAAAUCGAAAAUCGGUCUCCAGGGUCAUCACAGGAAUCUUUUCGACAGCUGAAAUCAAUAUUCGAUCGAACAAACAGCAUGUCCUCAGUGCCCGAGACGCCUAACGAUCAAUCAUCCGUCUCCGCCUGGGGAGAGGACUCAGGACCUGUCAGAACAGAGUCGCCAGUGGACACUUAUUUCCCCCAUCAGCUGCUGCCCUCGGCCACGGACCCAAAUUUAUACAUCCCUAUUGUUGCUGAAGAAGCAGAGAUGCGAAACGAGGUCGAUGAAGGUAGCCAAACUACCCACAUGUCUCCCGCCCUGUCGCAAAACACCGAAAUUCCGCGGCUUACAGUCGCGGAAGUAGAUGAAGAUGAUUGGCAAAAGGUGGAGAAAAAGCCACGACGUCUGUUUUCCUGGGGUCCGCGUCGAUUGCGGAAAAAGCCCGGCAAGAGAGAUCUUGGGGUUUGGCAUCAGCACCCGACAGUUUCGGUCACAGAAGUCCAUGCGGAGGCCAGAGGUUCGGCCACGGCAAGGCCGCUGAUAAGGUCGAUCGGGGCAAAGUCGGAUGCCGAGUCGGCAUUGGCCGCUGUACAUCGUUCCAGCCCGCCUCCUAUCCGCGGCGGUGGAAUCAAGCCAGUUAGCCGGCCUGGAAAUCAGAAAGAAAACCGUCCAAGUUACGCCCAUGUUCUGGCUAAUCAGCCUGAACAAUCCAUUGCGAGACGGUCUGCACCCUCUUUGAGUCAACAGCAGCCUCCAUCAAUUUCAUACAGCCCAGAGAUUCCGCAAGGCGGCUCGGACAUCCGCCGAGGCAGCGUUCCCGGGUCGCUUUUCCCUAAGGAUGGGCCUCCGGACACGAUGUCCCAGUCCACCUACAGCGAUCCUGGCAUGCGUUCGUCGUUGAGGCAAUCGCCGAAACUUGUUUAUCCCCAGCCCGCCGGUUCCAGCACACAUUCUCGUAAUUCGCCAAGGUCUACGGAUCACUCUGGUAGUCACUUCUACGCCGGUCGAAGUCCAUAUGGCCAUCAACAAGUCGUUGGGCCAAACCCCGCGUCACUUCCAUACCAAGCAGAUGUGGCUAUCAUGUACCGCCCGCAACGCACCACCAUGUCCAAUCUUUCAGGGACGGCAGCGCCCCCUUCCCAUAUUGCGUCGUCGAUUCCAAUCCACCGGGCAAACUUCCCAAUGGCACAUAUACCCACGGGCUAUUCAUCACAACCUAUGUCUCGUGACCAAUCCGCACAAUCAGUACAGUCAUUGCGGACUGAACCCACUCGAUUUCCACCCAGUUUCUCGCCGAAUCUCAACGGGCCUAUUUUUCCUGCCGGCGACAGACCGCAUAUGCCGGAUGUACGGCGCGCGCAACAACUUGUUUUUGGACCUGGAGAAUCGGCCAUUGAUUCAGCCACAACUUCGCCAGUAUCUUUCGAAGCGCCUAGUAUGUCGCGAGGCCAAUCUGGCCCGGGAAUAAUGAUAAGAUCCGGCGAUGGAACGACUAGGAGCCUCGUCGAAUUCAAUCACGUACCGAACACGCAACAUAUUCAAUUCGGCGAAACGCACCCUGUGAAUGUAGAAGCCGCUCGUAGGCGGGCAAGAAUGCCACCGCCUUAUCCAAGUCAGAAUCUUAUUCCGACCGCGAGCGACGAUGCACAGCUUGAAUUGCUACUCAACCAAACACCCGGAGGGCCUGGCCAUAACAUGCCUCAAGGAGACUGGCAAAGACAGAGGAGCGGGAGUUCUCCUAUUUCACGGCAGGACCUGACGGGCUUUGGCCUCCAGUUCCAACGAAACUAA